AUGAUCAUCACGCCAUUUUUAAAUCAAAAGAUCAUUCGAAUCGGCAAAUUUGCAAUUUUCGCCUUCUUAUUCUAUUUCGCCCUUUGUAUACUAUUCCCAUCGAGUCAUGAAAAUGCAAGACCAAGAAAGCGGCCAAAAAUCGUCACAAAUUAUUCGUGUUCGACGGAAAAUGAUCAAAAAAUUUCGGGCGAUUUCGAAUUUCUCGAAACGAAUGGAACAAAUCAAAAAGUGCUUGUGAUUCUUGAAUCGUUGUUCUCGCGAAACGGCAAACAAAUCAAACAGAUACUGAACGCGUUGAAGAUUCCUUAUAAGGCGGAAGCGGUGUCGAAGAACCUACCAGUGCUCACAACGCUCAGCAAUGGAAGAUAUUCGCUGAUCAUUGUGGAGAAUUAUUACAAAUAUUUGAAUAUGCCAAGAUGGAAUCGGCAGCUUCUCGACAAAUAUUGCCAUGAAUUCAACGUCCCAAUAUUCUCAUUUGUCGCCAGCAAACCGAAUGACCCUUUAAAACGCAUAAAAAUCAAGGGAAGCUCAUUGUGGAUGUGGCAGAAUCAAAAACUCAAAAGUUUGAUAAUCAAACCGUCAAAAUUCCACAAAAUCGCGAAAAUUGGCAAAAUUCGAAGCGAUAUUAGUGGAGGCGAUUGGGUGGUUUUCGAGAAUUCGAAAAAUUUUCAAACGAUUGUGGCGGGCGGUGUUAGCAAAAAUCUGGAACGAGCAGUGGUCGUUCACGAUAAAGGAAUCGAUGAUGGUGUUGAGCGCAUCCUAUUCGGACGCAAUUUGACCGAUUGGACCAUUAAGCUAACGUUUGUGGACUCUCUUUUAUGGGCUCUUGGUCGGAAUUCCUUCACUUUGGACCGAUUUAUUCAAGUUGACAUUGACGACGUGUUUGUCGGAGCUCAAGGGACCAGAAUGGUCGAAGGCGACGUGAGAAGCCUUCUAGAAUUCCAGAAGCAUUUUCGCGAGGCCUACAUUAAGAAUUUCACGUUUAUGCUCGGCUUCUCGGGCAGCUAUUUUCGAAAUGGCGACUAUUUGGAGGACGCUGGCGAUGAGCUUCUAAUAGAUAUGGCUGCGAAUUUCGUCUGGUUUCCGCACAUGUGGCGUCACAAUCAUGCGCACGACCACAAUUUCACAUAUUUGGAAGCAAUUAUGACGCAGAAUAAGCUGUUUGCUCAGAACAUGAAGCUUCCUGUCACCUAUCCGUACGCGAUUGCCCCGCAGCACGACGGUGUGUUUCCGGUUCACGAGGAGAUGUACGACGCAUGGAAGAAGAUUUGGAAUGUUUCGGUGACGGCCACCGAAGAAUACCCGCACUUCAAGCCGGCUUCCCAACGAAAAGCCUUCAUCCAUAAAGGGAUUUCGGUGCUGCCUCGACAAACGUGCGGAUUGUACACGCAUACGCAGUUCUUCGACACCUAUCCCGAUGGGUUCGACAAAUUGUUGGCGUCGAUUCAAGGCGGCGAUUUGUUCUUCACCAUUGUCUUCAAUCCGAUAUCGAUAUUCAUGACCCAUCAGCAAAACUACGCGCAUGAUCGAUUGGCGUUGUACACGUUUGAGAAUCUAUUUCGCUUCUUGAAUUGCUGGACGAAUUUGGCGCUCAAAUGGCAGGAUCCUGUGUCAUCAGCGGAAUUGUAUUUCCAGAAGUUUCCCGACGAGAAGCUGCCGAUUUGGACGAAUCCCUGUGUUGAUGCGCGCCAUCGGAUCAUUGUGCCGCCGAGCAUCGAUUGCUCAAAUCUCACACUGCCCAACGUUUUGAUUCUCGGACCGCAAAAGACCGGCUCGACGGCGUUGGCCGACUUUUUGAGUCUGCAUCCGAACGUGAGCCAAAAUCGACAAAUUCCCGGCAGUUUCGAGGAGGUUCAAUUUUUUGGCGGCGCCAAUUAUCGAAAAGGCAUUGAAUGGUACAUGUCGCAAUUUUCGAACGCCUCGGUGAUUUUUGAGAAGAGCGCCACGUAUUUCGACAAUCCGCUGGCACCGCGCCAAGCUUCUUCAUUGGUUCCCGACGCGAAACUGGUUAUCAUUCUUGAGGAUCCCGCCAAAAGAGCGUACUCAUGGUUCCAGCAUUUAAUUGCUCAUGACGAACCCGCUGCUCUUGAGGCUGGAAACUUGGAAACGAUACUAGACGCUUUUGAGGAGAAGCUGAAGCCCACACCAAGAAUGGCAAUGGCGUGGAAGAAGAUUCGGCAAAGGUGUAUAUCGGGUGGAAGAUACCUUCAUCAUUUGGAUAAAUGGCUUGAAUUUUACUCGCUCGAGCAGAUUAUGUUCAUUGACGGCGAGCUUCUUCGAGCUUCUCCGGCUCAGGUGCUCGUCAAGCUCGCGAAAUGGCUUUCGCUUCCCGAGUUUGACUUCAAUUCGCAUAUCAGACUCAGUUCUUCAAAAGGAUUCCAUUGUAAAUGGCUGAAUGGAAAAAUGAAAUGUCUCGGUGAAAGCAAGGGUCGAAAAUAUGAGGAAAUGAGCGUCGAAUUGCGUGCGAGAUUGUCGAGAAUUUUUGAAAUCGACAAUUCGGCGCUGUACAAAUUUUUGCGCAAAAAUCGCAUUCCGAUACCGAAUUGGCUGGAAAUAUCCCUACGAGGAAAGGGAAACCCGAAAACGAAGCCUGGAUAUUUGAGAGCCGAUCAUUUGCAAAAAUGCGCGGUACACAUAUCGAAUUUAGGUAGCCGAAAAAACGAUGGAUUUGCAAAAAUUAGCCGGAAAAUUUCGAAACUAUUCCGUCAGGUCAUCGACUCAGAUAUGGUGCAAAUUGAGCCGAAAAAAAAGCGACAAUUUUGCCGAAAAUGCCGAGAGGUGUUAAUUGGCGGGGUCAAAAAAUCGGAAAUUUGUGUGAAGGAAAAGAAUUUGGUCGCUCAAAUUUGUGGAAAAUGCGGAAACUCUAGAAAUUAUAUGACGUUGAAAGGCUAUGGAGCCGAGUUGAAAAAGAAAAUGGAAGAGGAAGCGGAUAAUUCAAAAAUUACGGGUCACUAA